AUGUCUCUGAAAAACAGCGAAGCGGCUCCUGUAGCCCAAGAGAAGAUCAACACUGAUAUUGUCACGCUUACUCGCUUUCUGACCGAAGAGCAAUCGAAGCAUAAGGAGGCCACUGGGGACUUCACCCUGCUAUGCCAUGCUCUACAAUUCUCCUUCAAAUCCAUUGCCUACUAUAUCCGUCGAGCCAGUCUCAUAAACCUCAGUGGUCUUGCCGGUUCAUCCAACAGCACAGGUGACGAUCAAAAGAAACUCGAUGUUAUUGGCAAUGAUAUCUUUGUGGCCGCCAUGCGGACCUCGGGCAAAUGUCGACUCCUGGUUUCCGAAGAGGAAGAGAGGUGUCUUGUCUUCGAUGAAAACCCAAAGGCGCGGUACGCCGUCGUCUGCGAUCCUAUAGACGGCUCAAGCAAUUUGGAUGCAGGUGUCAGCGUGGGAACGAUCUUUGGAAUAUUCAGGCUGGCAGAAGGGAGUCAAGGAAAACAAGAAGAGCUUCUUCUUCCCGGAUCGGAAUUGGUAGCCAGCGGAUUCACUAUGUAUGGUGCGAGUGCUCAACUGGUCAUUACCAUGAAGGGAGGCAGCGUCAAUGGCUUUACCAUGGACAAUGCUUUGGGUGAAUUCAUACUGACCCACCAUGACAUGAAAAUGCCCAAGUCUCGUGCGAUAUACAGCGUCAAUGAGGGGAACAGCCUAUAUUGGGAAGAAGAGGUCAAAGAGUACUUCAACAGCCUGAAGUACCCCAUUGAAAAAUCUGGAAAGCCAUACAGCGCUCGAUACAUCGGCAGUAUGGUGGCAGACGCCUACCGGACGUUAUUGUACGGGGGAAUAUUCGCGUAUCCAGCGGACAAGAAGAGCCCAAAGGGAAAGCUGAGGAUUUUGUAUGAAUGCGCACCUAUGGCUAUGGUCUUUGAGAACGCUGGAGGUCAAGCAGUCAAUAGCCGUAUGGAACGUAUGCUUACUGUUGUUCCCGAGCAUAUCCAUGACCGAUCUGGUAUCUUCAUGGGCAGCUACGACGAAGUACAAAAAGUGAUCGACGUGCAUAAGAAGCAUAGUCAUUGA